AUGGGUCACUUCGAUCGCGACCGCGAAGGUCAGCGACCAAUGUCAAACGGCCACCCGCCAGUCACGAGCCCGUCGGCUGGGGUCCAUGCCAAUGUCGUCCACAUCAAUGGCUACCGCUAUAACCCUGCCGUCGCCGCCGUCCUAGAGCAUUUUGCCGACGUGCGUGCUGAGCUCGAACGCGCAGAGUCUCGCGAAGACAAGGCGGCCAUUAUAACCAUGUUGCUGGACACGCUGCCACCCUCUCUUGGCAAGGCUGCACGUCAUCAUGUCAUGCGUCAGCUCUCGCAAGGCAUCUCCGUCAACAUCGACGACCUGGUAAAUUACCUCGCAAAGCUGGAAAUGGCCUCUGCUCUGGCGACGCCUCGGCAAUCACCAACGCCGCCUCCGAAUUCCUUCAAGCUUUCGCCGCUCAGACUUUCUCCCUCCAAGCGCUACAAGCCGCCAAUAUCCGCGGAGCGCGAGACCGGAGGAGACUACAUCGACUUUGCGCCCUCUCGUCCACACGUCCGCAACCUCUUGCUCAACGAAGAUGGCAAGGCCAGGCAACCUAACGGUGACGCCUCGAGCCAGGAGUAG